ACGUCACCACAUGCACUUCCGGUCUGGGCGGAAGACAACAGUGGACUCACUGGGCUUCUAUGUGAAUGUCAGAAUAGCCUAACACAAGCUCGUAUUCUUGUUUUGGGCGCUUCGAGGGAACAAAGACGACCACGUCGACAUGUUUUCCUUCCACGUCUUCGACCACCCGAUGUCCCGUGGCUUCCAGAACCGCUUUUCCACUCAGUACCGAUGCUACUCUGUGUCGAUGCUGGCCGGUCCGAAUGACCGCUCCGACGUGGAGAAAGGAGGCAAAAUCAUAAUGCCACCUUCAGCGCUUGACCAGCUCAGCAGACUUAAUAUCACCUAUCCGAUGCUGUUCAAGCUGACUAACAAGAACUCAGACCGAAUGACGCACUGCGGCGUUCUCGAGUUUGUGGCAGAUGAGGGAAUCUGCUACCUGCCGCACUGGAUGAUGCAGAAUCUGCUGCUGGAGGAAGGUGGUCUGGUCCAGGUUGAGAGCGUUAACCUCAUGGUGGCCACCUACUCCAAGUUCCAGCCGCAGAGUCCUGACUUUUUGGACAUUACGAACCCCAAAGCAGUGCUGGAGAAUGCGUUGAGGAACUUUGCCUGCUUGACCACUGGUGAUGUCAUAGCCAUAAACUAUAAUGAAAAGAUUUAUGAGCUGCGAGUUAUGGAGACCAAACCAGACAGAGCGGUGUCCAUUAUUGAGUGUGACAUGAAUGUGGAUUUUGAUGCUCCGCUGGGAUACAAGGAGCCUGAACGCCGGUCUCACCAUCAGGAAGAACCGACCGAGGAGGAGGCAGAUCCAAGCACUUACGCCGAAAUGGACACACGAUUCAGAGCCUUCACUGGGUCUGGCAAUCGCUUGGAUGGUAAAACCAAAGGGAUCGAGCCCAGCCCUGCUCCUCUGGGCCCCAGCGACAUUAUAAGAGGUAUCCCCAACUACGAGUUCAAAAUUGGCCGAGUCACGUUCAUCCGAAACUCAAGGCCACUUCCAAGGAGAAUGCUUGAGGAUGUAAACAUUUCAGCGCAUUACAGUAUAAAUACACCAAGGGCCUGCAGUGACUACUGGAGUGAAUACAGACACUGCAAGAGCUUGUGGAAUCGUUUCCAUCACUACUACACUUAUGGUAGCUCUCCAUCUUGUCAGCAGUGGAAAGAGGACUACUACAACUGCCAAGCAUGCGAGAACAACACAAGCACUGAGGCAAAGGAAGCACUGCAGAGAAGUGAAAGGAACAGAGUAGCAGAACAGAGGAAGUUCCCCCCAGUGUGGGAGCUGAGACGAGACCCCCCCAGUGACUGGCACCUGCCCCUCAACCAUGAAAAACCUCAGGACUCUUAAACUGUCAAGGACAAAGGAUGCUGUAACUGACUGUAAAAGAAAUAAUGUACUGUAUAUACCACAACUGAGUUUUGAGUACUAAACACUUGGGAAUUUUACUUAGGUUAUUCCACAUUGCUGUUUUUCUGUACAAUAUGUAGCUCUGCAGUCCUUUAGACAAUAAUUUAAAAAAAAAAACAUUUAUUAAUCAAGAUAUGUCUAACAUCAUCAAAGGACACAUUUGCUUCAUAACUUGAAUUUAAAAAAAAGAUUUCGUGUUUUUUUGUUUUGUUUUAAGUAGAUACGCCAACACAGUCUGGCAACCCAGCUAACAGACGUGGUGGCCAUGUUGGGGAGGUAAGCCUUCCCAUCCAUCCUGGCAACAUUGGUCCUUUGGGUUUCUUGCUGUUCACAUACAUGGAAUGUGCAGACAAAUUUGACCUCCCUUUCUUAGUGUAUUCUCAUCUACGGGGUACACCCCGGACUGGUCAACAGCCACAGGGCACAUAGAGGCAUCGAUCCGACAGGCCAUCGGCACUCAAACGUUUAGGCUUUGCAGUUUUUGUAAGCACAUGAUUCCCUUGCCCACGUCUUACUAACAGUAGAGACAGUUUGUGAAGUUUUAUGGCCAUCACACUGCCCUAACGUGCAGUCCAAUUUACACCAUCCAUGGCAAGUUUCUCCCCUGCACCCGGAGGGUCGCUUGUUCGUGUGUCCCUGGGCAAGACACUUAACCCACACUGCCUACAAAUGAAUGCGGUUGGAUGUUCGGAGGUGCUUGGAGGGGCCGUAGGCAAUCACUGUGAAAUACUCUUCCCUGGCUCUGCGUGAGUCCUACUCUAGAAGUUUAGUGUAGUUUAUCAAGAACAGAUCCUGUUUUGAGAAACUUGCCAUUUACACUGUCAAAUACAACAAACAUUUACAGAUUUUCAUUUGUUUUAAACCGGCAUAUUUAUUGCAUCAUUAAAAAUGUUUUGUUGAUCUA